UUCUCCUUCUCAUCGACGGCGACAGCGGCUGCAGUCCGCCCCUCUCGUCGCCACUCGCGUCGUCCGCGUCGUCUCAGACACCCCCGCCGGCACCGCCGCUGGAGCCCGCGGCCACGCCCGAGUUGCGCGCACCUAGGAUCACCGUCUUUUGCAGCGCAAAGGAGCAGGACAGCCAUCUAUUAGCCGGCUCUAGCUGAUGCUCUGGCGGAGGAGCUCCCGGACCGACAAGCAUACUCCUCAGCACUCGCGAGACAGCGAGCGUGAUCAGGGCGCACACGCCGGGGGCCAUCUAUCUCUCCCCUCGCAGCGGCUGCCAUUUGCGCGGUUGGACCUCCAGCAAUCCGAGCUACACAGUACAUCAGCCGAGCCACAGGCCGAGGGCGACCUGAUGUCGAAGCUCAUUGGGAGACGCAUCGUAGAUCCCUCGCAGCUAGGAGAGCUUGCGGAACCUCCGCGGAAGAAAUCGAUAUCCUCGCCGACGAAGAGACGUGCAAGCACCACAUCGCUUAAGAGCAAGGCUGCUUCGUCCUCUUCUCUACCCCCAUUGCCCUCGCGGCCGCUACCCCCACCACCCGCGACGGCACCGACCGCGCACUACGACCCAUACACGCCGAACAAUGACCUCUACUUGCACAAUUCCUUGCACUCGUUCUCCUUCGGCGCGCCCGCGACCAAGCCCGCACCCUCCACUUCCUUAGCACCGGACGAGCUCGAAACUGAUAGCCAUGAACCGCUCGACCUUACGCCCCGUCCGUCCCUAGUUCCAUCGAGCUCGCGUUCACCCUUGUACCGCGCCUCUCGAGAGCAGGCGCCCUGGGAUUAUCCCGACGACGACGACGCAACCACCCCUGCCGCCGAUGAUCCUCAAAGUCAUGAUUCUCGAAGCCACCACGCACACGCCAGCUCGGACGUCGCCUCCGUCCGCACCUUCGGCUACUCCUCCCGUAACGCUUCCGCGACCUCACUUUCCGCGAGCGCCAGUGCAAGCGCGAGUAGUAGCAGCGUCAAGGCCUACAGCACCGGCGUUACCGACUACGAGAGCGAUCACCCGCGCAGCCACCACGCCUUUUCUUCGGGCGAGGUUGAGUUCAGCAGCGAUGAUGAUUUUGACGAUGGCGAUAUAGAGAUCUUCGAUCGCGUGUCUGGCGUGUCGGACGAGGAGCGACGUCGGCGGGCGGAACAGGACUGGGACAUGGCGGUCUUUGGCUCGCGGGACGGCCUACCGCAGGAUCCCAGCACAGGUCGUCGCGGGAGUCUGCCUAUGGCCAUACCUGGAGCUGCGGAAAGCCCGCCUCGACCAUCCGUCUCGACAGUUUCUGGCGACGAGAUCAUGUCUUCGCGACGCCCUAGCCGCAGCUUGGACGACGAGCUGGGCAUGCUGUCCCUCAACCGUCCACCGAAUGCCCUAUCCUCGACCGCACCCGUCACAGAACUCGACUGGAAAGCCAUCGGUGGCAGGCAAGACGACAACGCCCCUCAAGCCGGCCCGUCGACUCAUCCGCACGCCGAAGCCCAGCGCCCUUCCAUUGACCUUGACUUCGACCUCGGCGGCUGGUCGAGCUACGGCAAGGGUAUCACCACCCUUGACUUCGACGAUGUGGUGAAGGGCGACUCGUUGGCGGCGCCCAAACCUCGUUUCUGGACUGCGCCUGGUGGGGGCGGCCGGCGGCCCAGCACGGCGACCACGGCCAGCGCGCUAGGCUCGGACUCAUUCACAAAGGCCGUCCGCGGUUGGGGUGGCGAGCGCGACGCGGAGCAACGGCGGGUGUGGUCCUUCCGAAAGGACCGCGCGGAUGAUGGCGGCCUGGAGGGCGCGCGGGACAGUAUAUCCAGCGAUCGGACUGUUCGCACUGACCAUCGACGGCCGCGCACGCCGCUGACGAAGGAGAAAGAAAAGGAUAAGGACAAGAAGGUGUGGCGAGGGAUGCCUGUGGGUGCGGAGGAGAUAUGGACGAACGAGAUGCUUGGGUGCUUCAAGGUGUCUCGCAACGUUGCUCCUCGACGCGAUACCACGAAGAAUGAUACCCACUUUGUCGCCGUUCGCCAUUUCCGCACCGAGUAUGCGCGCUACAAGCGUCCAGCAAACGGACCCCCCGUCAACAUUCACAAGCAUUCUCGCGCAGUCGCCUUCUCCAUCAACCGCAAAUACAAGAAGAAGACGCCUGCCCAUGAUGCCGCUGCAUUCCAUCCGACAGCGUCUGCCCAUUCCUCUCGCUCCGUCGUGGAAAGCAUCGCUCGUACUACACCUAGCGGUGCAGUUUCGGUACACGCUACGGCGAAGAUCAUGCUUGCACCCCGCCAUGUACAGACUAUGUAUACCAGCACACGCACGACGAGGCAGCUCGAUGCUCACGGCUUACUCGACGACUCGAAGCCGCCGGUACCUUCUUUGUCGAGGGAGAAGAGCCGCACGCACGACCGCUCGAAAGAAGCCAAGCGACACAGCACACCUGCUAGGCCUACGCAGAAGGCGAAGGUACAUCCCAAGGCCCCUGGCAGCAGCGGUGGGCCUUCUAAGCCCUCGUCACCUCCAGCGAGCAUUUCCACCGCGGAUAUCUCGCGCCCUACGUUGAUCACGAAUCCUCGGUCUAGCUCUCGAGGAGCCCGCGAUCGCCGCCGGCCUCCUCGCAGCUCUCUGGACAGCGAUGAGGAUAUGCCGAUACGCACGCCUCACGCGGAGGCCUUCUCGACGAUGGACACCACGCAGAUCGACAUGCUUCGCCCGCACCUGAGCGAGUCGAAGAUCUUCGCUCGCCUGCGUCGUGGUCGCUCUAUCACGCCGGGCGGCCUGGGCAACUACAGCGUUCCGUAUACGCCUCACUGGAUGCAGCUCGAUCAGCGCGACAGCAAGGGCCCGACGGACCAAAUCAGCAAGUCCUUCAAGACGAUUGGGCUAUUGCCUGAGACACCUCGAGAGCGGAAGGCAGCGAAGGCCCGCAAGGGCUCGCGCGCGCAAGGCGCCGACGUCGACAUCUUCGAGUUCGUCCCUGCAGACUCACUAUUCAUGCUCCUCCCGCUCUGGCCGAGCCAGACGGACUUCGUCUCCGAGGGCGACUCCCCGCGCGACGUCGAGAUCCCUAACGACAAGCGGCUCUACUUGCUCGUCUACUACGUCGCCUGGCACGAGGGUGACCCGCCGCCGGGUGACAGCAAGAAGGCGCGCGGCUCCGGUGAGGCGCGGCGAGACCGGGACGACAAGAGCGUCCUGCUCUCCUCCUUCCGCAUCACCGGCCGGCUCGUCUUCCACGACGAGCUGCAGGGCUCGGGCCUGCGCGUGCCCGACGAGGGCCUGACGGUGUUCGGUCCACUGGAAGAGGCGCUGCGCACGAUGCCGCAGGCGAGCAAGUCGCGGCACGACCCAAGCAUGACGGACGAGUUUGUGAUCGGGCAGUGCUCGAGCCGCGAUGCGGGGGUCGAGUUCUACCCGGAGGGCUUCGUGCGGUUCGAUCUCUGCACGGUGCGCUCGGAGCCUGUGCCCGUGGCGAUCCCGGAGGACUGGGAGCGCAAGCCGGACGAAAUUACGCUGACCCCUGUGGGGCGGACGGUUAUGGAGAUGGCGUGGCUGGGAUGCAUUGCGCUCACCAGUUUUGGAUCGCCUCAUGAGUAGAAGUGGACGACGUUUACAAGCGUACGUGAAAGAGAUGCCGGAGUGGCGGCAGUACCCAAGGAAACGACGAUUUACGAUCUAUCUAACAACAUAUUCCCAUCUUCCGUUCUGAAAUGCAUUCUUCAAUUACCCCAUGUAUCCCUAUCCCUAUCUGACCGGUGCACUUUUCCUCUUUUCCCCUGCUCCAUCUUUUUCCACCUUUCCGAUUCUCUUCCUCUUCCUCUUCCCAUCCCCUUCACCUCAUCAUCCCCUUUCCUGUCUUCUCACCUUGUCCGCUCUUCCUGCCCCCACACCUUGACUGUUUCUUUGUAUGAUUACUCGGGUCUGUGAGGUUGGGCGACGUGGAAAUGUAGCUAUAUGCAUUUGGUCGAGUAUGGGGGUGGGAGAGUAAAGUAGAGGACGAGGUCCACCACAAUGAUUAUGCCCGGAAUACAACAAA